AUGGAACCAGCCCUGCCUGUUGAAGAAGAAGAUCCAAAUCCUGCCCGUCCGGCGAGACGAAGCUUGCAAUUCCAAGAAUUGGAGCGUGUCUCGUAUUCGGCAGACCGUUUACCAAAGGACUUUAUCAAAAACGUAUUGAGAGCUGCUGCUAGACUUUGGGCCUCUACAAAUGAUGUCACGCUCGGAAACAUAUCCACACCCCGGCAGCUGCCGCGAGACGAUUGGCGGUGCACGGCUCGCUGCCACCGCUGUGCUAUGUGCGUCCAGGGAGCCGGCAGGGUCUUUGCCUUCACUGGAUGCUGGGCGCGGGUCGGCAUUUUUGAGCUCUCAGUGCAAAGCGCCGGCGCUUGUCAUGGCGAGCCCCAAAAGGCGCGCAAAGCCAAGAAACACAAAGAUGGUGAGAUUACAGUUGGCGAAAGAGAACAGGUUUUGAAGGCAGCAGAGACUCUCUUGGUCACCAGCCGCAAAGCCACCACAGCUGCGGUUGCAAUUCGCAUGGGCCCGGGCAUCCCCCGGGCGCGUAUUCGCACGAUCCUCCGGAACCACAAAAGCAAAUAUGGGGCAGGGACCCGCGAGUGGACAGAGUCCCAGGACACGUUCGAAGCUUUUGCUGCUACCCGAGACACGGAGAAGCUCGAGUUUGCCUACACUUCUAGGACGCCUUUUCAGUGGGUGGUGCGGCUGACUGGCUUUUUCGAGGCUGCAAGGGACUUGCACAGCCGGCACCCAGAUGCAAUCCAUGUCACGAGUGACUUCACGUUUCGCUUAGCGAUCAUGGGUUACUCCUACGGAGUGCUGUGUCUUCGAGUGCACAGGCGCUUGCAGCAGACCUCUCGGAAGUCCUUCUGGCCAAUGGUUAUGUCGUGCAGUCGCAGUGAGGAUGGGACCAUCUACGGCCGCAUGCUUGUCGCGCUUCGAGACGGGUUGGCCGCUCGAGGAUUGCCAAAGCCCUCGAGCAUCAGCUUAGAUUGGUUCGACGGAUCCAGAAUUGCCUCUGCCUCUACCUUUCCACGCAUUCAGCUCCGUUGUGGAGUAGAGCACAUGCGGCGGAAUUUGAAGUCCAAUCAGUCCGCUGGCACCAGGCCUCCCCGGCAGGCCGCCCCCAAGGCCGCCGGUCGCGGGAGAGCACGAGCCCAGGCCAAGCCCAAGGCCAAAGCCAAGGCUAGGCCACCGCACUUGGUCAAUCGGCCAAUAUGGGCCGCGCUUGCGCUGGUACGCUGUCUUCUUUUUGUCCCGACCGAGUCCAUGCUACAUGUAUUUCUGACCGUGAUCCUGGACCGCAUUCGCCGAGUCUGGUUGGAAAACCGGUGGGCUUCAUAUUGGGAGAAGGAGUACCUGUGCUGGAGAGAUGUGCCGAUGGAAACAUAUGGCGUUGCAAGGCUCUUCACAGCCCUCUGGUGGUCCGGCCUGGGAUCUUGCAAGGGUUUGCACAGCGUGGGUCAUCCAUCCUCGCAACAGACAGCUGAGGCCGCCAAUUCAAAGUUGAAAAGAGAUUUGCGCAGCCAGGGAGAAAUUCGAAAACAUGAGGAUGUGAUCCUUGCCCUGGAGAAGUGUUUGCCUACAUGGCUGGCUCCCCUGAGCCCUGUGGAUGAGGCCAGCAACGAGCCUAUUUCUAUGAUGGGCGACGUUCGCCUGGGCCGGCCAAGCUGUCCUGACCAGUGGAUGUACCACGAAGGUGCCAACCUUCGCAUGCCUGCUGGAGGUCAUGUCGUCGCCUUCGCUAGCAUCGAGCUCAUUUUGCACAAGAUGCGGAGCUGCAGACGGCGAUUCCCCCAUGAGACAUGGGCUUCAGGAAACGCUCAGUAUGUUGCCAUGGCCAUUGGUCACCCAAGGCAAAUACCCCCUGGCACUUUGCAGAAAAUGCGCGCCCAGCUGCGCACGAAGAAGGUAACGGAUCUACAGAACUUGCUGCAAGCUGACGGCUUGCUGUACCAGGAGAAUGACGACGGCCCUUUCUUUGACAAAGAGCAGUAUGAGCAACUGUGGCAGACAUGGUGUCUAGUGUGGUGCCUGACGGAGGCCGAUGGAUCGUACGAUAUCAGGUGUACAUGCUGGGCCCAUGCGUGGCGAGGACAUUGUGUCCACCAGUAUGCCUGCGAGCAGUUUUGGGACAAGAAGACGCAUGUCGGUCAGCAGAUCCCGCCUGCACAGCAGGACGUAGUCAGAGCUGGCAGACGUAGCAGGUCUGAAGAAGCACAGGCUCCGCGGGCACGCCUUCGCAGGUGA